AAGAUGAACAAUAAGAAUAAUGUCACAGAAUUUAUUUUUGUGGGGUUUUCCCCAAAUAUUCAGGUUCAGUUUCUGUGCUUUGUUAUUUUCUUAUUUUGUUACAUAGCUAUUUUGAUGGGGAAUUUCAUUGUUAUCAUCUCUAUCACAUGCAGUCAGCUUAUUGAACAACCGAUGUACUUCUUCUUGGCUUAUUUGUCCUUCAUGGAUGUUUGCUAUACCUCUACGGUUACCCCCAAGCUCAUCAGUGACACAUUGGCUGAAAGGAAGAGUAUUUCUUAUACUAGCUGUUUGAUCCAACUCUUCACUGUGCACUUCUUUGGAGGGGUGGAGGUCUUUAUACUCACAGGGAUGGCCUAUGACCGAUACGUGGCCAUUUGCAAACCACUCCACUACAUGGCUAUCAUGAGCAGACCCAGAUGUAAUGCUUUGAUCAUGGCUGCAUGUGGUGGGGGUUUUAUACAUUCAUUUGCACAGUUUCUCCUUGCUGUUCUCUUACCUUUCUGUGGUCCCAAUGCUAUUGAUCACUAUUUCUGUGACAUGUAUCCAUUGCUGAAACUUGCCUGCAUAGACACCUAUAGUUUUGGUAUCUUAGUAAUAGCCAAUUCAGGAAUGAUUGCAUUAGUGGUUUUCAUGGUCCUUAUGACUUCAUAUGCUGUGAUCUUAUAUACACUUCGGGUACAUUCUUCUGAGAGCCGCCAAAAAGCUCUUUCCACUUGUGGUUCCCACAUUACUGUUGUAGUCCUGUUCUUUGGACCUUCCCUUUUCAUUUAUAUUAGACCAGCCACCACAUUCCAGGAGGAUAAAGUUUUGGCUCUUUUUUAUACCAUCAUUGCUCCCAUGUUCAAUCCUUUGAUCUACACUUUAAAGAAUUCAGAAAUGAAAAAUACCAUGAAGAAGGUAUGGAACGGAAAUAUAUUCAGAGGAAGAAAACAAAUGCACUAA